AUGUAUAGACUGAAAGUGGGCGUGUUCGGACAUCAGAGCAGCCUUCCCAACAACAUCGCCUACGACGAGAAACGCCAGCGCAUCAUGGAGUACAGGACAGAUUCGCCUGGCGAUGCGGCAGAUGGAGGAAGCGCUGGCGACGAUGCAAGCAAGCCCUCGUACCGGGACAUACUGCGAAAAAGCAGAUCAGAGAAGGAGAAACUGAGUGAAGAGGAGGAGGGGAAGCCCGCUGGUGAUGAAGACGUUGUGCGCGUUUCCGUGGGCAAUCCCUUCAUCGAGGUCAUCAAGGGCGUCGUGCAUCUCUACAAGGAUCCUACCACCACCACCGCGGCCAAGCGUGGCCAACUGCCCCCAAAAUGGACGUUGAUAGUGGCGGUUCUGGCCGUGCCCUCGUGGAUGGCGGUGGCCGACUUCUGUCAGUUCGUGGCGCCCUACCAGAAGCUCAUCGCUCGCAUGCGCGUGGUGACCUACACGGAGAAAGUGCCAGGUCGGUACGCCGUUCUAUUGGAGUUCCGGCAGCAGGUCAUGGCGGACCAGUUCUACCUCGAGUACAACGGCAAGAUGUACAAUUCCAUGGAGUCAGAGGAGUGCCGCGUGGGGUUCGUGAAGUCGGUCGAGUUUGUGGAUGGGUCGUCCAUGGAGCCGAUCUUGCCUCCGUGUGGCACCAACGAGCUGCCCACUUGCCCCGUCUGCCUCGACCGAUUGGACACGAGCGUGACGGGCAUCCUCACGACUGUGUGCAACCACACCUUCCACUGUCUGUGCCUCUCCAAGUGGCGCGAUUCGAGCUGCCCGUCCGAGUCGCUGUGGAUUUGUCUCAUCUGCGGCCACAUCGGCUGUGGUCGAUACAAGGGCGGCCACGCCAACAACCACUGGCUCGAGACGCAACACACCUACGCGCUCGAACUCGAAUCGCAGCGCGUGUGGGACUAUGCCGGCGACAACUACGUGCAUCGACUGAUCCAAAGCAAAGCCGACGGCAAGCUGGUGGAACUACCCGGCCCAGAAACACAAAUCGACGAGGAGAUCAAGGAGGGCAUUCUCGAGAGCAAGCGCACGGCGGUGGCGAUGGAGUACACCUACUUGCUGACGUCACAGCUCGAGUCUCAGCGCCAAUUCUGGGAGCACCAACUCCAGGUGGUGGAGAGUCAGAAGGGUGAGAAGGUGCAGCAUCUGGAGCACGAGCUGAAGAAGGAGAAGGAGGAGAAGCAGGGCCUACUCGCCUCGAUCAACGAGCUCAACCAGACGCAGCACAAGUCGAAAAAGAAGAUCACUCAGCUCGAGAAGAAGAUCAGCCAGUACCAGCGAGACGUGAAGGAGCUCAAGCAGUACAAUGAGACCUUGACGCACCACCAGGCCGAGUGGAAGGAGCAGGCGCAGAAGGCUGCCGAGGCGCUCCGCACCCAGAGCGCGGCGACGGAGACGCGCAUCAAGGAACUCGAGGAGCAGGUGCGGGAUCUCAUGUUCUUCAUCGACGCCAAGAACAAGAUCGAGGACUCUGGAGAGGAACUGAAAGAGGGUUCGCUGCUGAUCACGGAGAAGCCCUCACCCACGCGAAGAGGCGCGCGAGGAGGCAAGAAGAGGGGCAAGUAA